AUGCGCUGUGGAAACGGAGCAAGUCGAUGCUCGAUCGUCCAAAAUAGCGGAGCCGAAGCCAUCUCGUUGUGCAACGCAGAAAAUCCGCUCGUCGAAUAUAAAGUGCCCGACGAACCCUUACCGGUCCUUGCAAUCUGCGCGAUGGUGUUCUACGGCAAACUGGUCCAUGCAGACGACGUCACUCUAACCGAUGGUGUUUACCACACAACCUGCGUCUGCCACACCACUUUUGCCGGCCUUUUCGUUCAAAACGGGCGUGUGCGUGGAAUCCGGCGUACACUCGACAGUGAAGCUAACUGCCACACGUUCGGGAGCUACCGAGAUAUCAGCAGCUACUGCGCCAUCGACCCAGCAGAAUCCAGCUACAGCGCAGCCUGUAACAGCCCAGCCACCAGCCACGUCACCUCCGCAGGGAGCGACGACCAACCCAUUCAAGUCUGCGCUGCACAAGUUCGCGCAGAAGAGAAGGAGCGCGUAGCUGCUGCCAACCUCAGCAACGCGGCGACCUCAGGCUUCUUCUCGCGGGGAAAUAGCAAGACUGCGGCGCAGCAGAAACCGCAAGCUUUGCCAGGAUCGGUCAAGCAGGUGAACACGGGGCAAUUGCCCCCAGUAUGGGCAACGCCCUCUCCGGCACCUCCGAGGUCGUUCGAUGCUCAUCGUCGGAGUCGUCACUCAUUGCACGAAGAUGAGCUGGAGCAGGCGGGGCAUGGGGCGCAUGGAAACUCACAUAGUCACAGUCACACGGUCGGUGAUAAGGGGAGUCCUCAUGCUACUCCGCUGGUGUCUGCUUCGUCUUCACGUAACGCUUCGGGAAAUCUCCGCUACAUGCAAUUUGAGCAGUUGUUGGACAAGGAAGUCGUCGAUCUGGAUCAACUGCGCAAGCUCAGCUGGGGUGGCGUCCCUACGAACUAUCGGCCAACAGUGUGGCGACUGCUGUUGAGCUAUAUGCCGUCGAAGAAAGAUCGUCGUGCGGCAAUGCUGGAGCGCAAACGACAGGAAUACCUAGAGCUGCUUCAGCAGUAUUAUUACAUCCCAGACACGGAUCGGGGUAUGCGUGAACAAACCACACUGCGACAGAUCCUCGUCGACAUCCCACGCACCAAUGCUGACGUAAAGCUCUUCCAGAACGAGCGCAUUCAUCAGUGUAUGGAGCGUGUUCUGUACAUUUGGGCAAUCCGACACCCAGCCAGCGGCUACGUACAGGGAAUCAACGACCUCAUGACGCCGUUCCUAGUCGUUUUUCUGUCGGCUUUUGUCGACAACCCACAGAUGUGUGACUUGACGGACGUAUCGGACGAGAACUUGCGAAUUGUCGAGGCAGACAGCUACUGGUGUCUGACGAAGCUGCUUGACGACAUCCAAGACCACUACACCUUUGCCCAGCCAGGUCUACAACGCAUGGUGCAGCGCAUGGAAGAACUCGUCCACAGAUGUGACACAGAACUGUUCGAGCACAUUGUGGAGCACGAGAACGUGCAGUUCGUGCAGUUUGCCUUCCGCUGGAUGAACUGUUUGUUAAUGCGCGAGCUGCCUCUCGAUGGCAUCGUACGCAUCUGGGACACUUACUUGUGUGAAGACUCGGGCUUCGAGAGCUUCCACGUGUACGUUUGCUCUGCCAUUCUCAUGACGUUUGGGGAGAACCUCAAGACUCUCGAGUUCCAGGACCUCGUGCUCUUUUUGCAAAGUCUCCCCACGAAGGACUGGGUGGAAAACGAGAUCGAGCCUCUCCUCUCGCGUGCGUUUAUCCUGCAAACCUACUUCGCUGACGCCCCGAGCCACCUCACCUCGCAAGCAGCUCAAUAG